AGAAAUUCAACAAAAACGGCAUUAUUUUCAGCACAAUACCCUGAUAAAGGUAUAUAGCUUGAUUAAGCUAUAUAGCUAUAUCAAGAUAUUACAGACCUGAUCAAGAUGCAUGGGGAUGCUUCUAGUGUGUUCAUUAGACCAACUGACCAGUUAAAGUUUCAUAUGCUGCUGCAGUUAAAUUUCAGCUAAGAAAUGAACAGAUUUGGGAUGAUGUGUUGCUAGUACAUUUACUACAAUAACGGUCAUCAGAGAUGGCAGCUCAUUCGUACCCAUCCACUCUUCAGACCACAAAUCGUGCCAGAAUCUGUCAUGUCUUGGUGGGCCCAGUCUCAGAUUUGUUUCGUGAUCUGUUAAGGCAGUUUGUGUUAGAAACAGAUUUUCUAAAUAAGCUGACACAAGAAAAGAAUAAAAUAUUGAAUCAUGUACAUGAUCCUCUACUGAAAAGUUUGCUUUAUCCAAAAAAUCGCUCAAAUUUUGUUGGAUACAGUCAAUUUGAUUUAACUUUGUUAUAUACUCUUUUGAGAAAUAUAUGUGGAAUCAAGGAGCAUCGCAAUGGAUGGGGCAAAACCCCUGAUUCAGGUGACAAUUCACUGUCAGCCAAUAUAGAUAGAAUAAGAGAAAUAAGAAACAAAUGCCUUGGUCACAUGCCAGAGAUGUCUUUGAGUGACAGUGACUUUGCCAAGACAUGGACAGAGAUUCGAUUGAUUGUUAGUGAACUAGAAAAACACUUGGGGAAUUCUACAAAAUAUGUUUAUGCUGUUGAUGAUUUGAAAACAGAAACAAUGGACCCUGAGCUGGAAAAGAAAUAUUUUGAUCUGAUGAACAGCCAGCAAAAACUUAUUGAAGAUAUUUCUGGUAAACAGGACAAACAGAGUGUGGAAAUGCAGGAACUGAAAAAGGAUGUGAAGAGGAAAGGCAAGGAACUAGAGAAUCAUGAAAAAAGAAUUAAGGCUGUGGAGACUCUACAGACAAUGGUGAAUUUUGAAGAACAAAGUAUUUUAUCCUGUACAGAAAAGGUGUUAGAAGAGCAUUGUUCAUUGAAGACCUAUGUAAGGACAGCCUCAGUACAGGCCACUAUUGAUAUGCUGCAGAAGAACCAUAUAGCUAUUCUAACAGGGAAAAGUGGUACCGGGAAAACAACCACAGCAUACCAAGUUUUACUGGAAUUGUCACAAGUCAGACAGGAUCACCCUGAGGAGGAAUUGAUGGUUGUUGCAGAUGAUGUCAAUCCUUGUAUAAAUAUAGAUGAAGGUGGUACCAAAAAGUUCAGUUGCGAAGGCACACAUAUACUGUAUGAAAGAAAUCCAAAGCAAGAGAAAGCGAAGGAGGCUUCAGAGGUGUUUUCUGAGUUUGCUGGUAAACCAGCAGGUACUGAAAGACAGCAGUAUGUGCCUGUAAUUCUUACCUCCCCGGAUCAAUGGAACAAAGCUAUUCACCCCAAGGGUCAUUUUGUUGUCCUUCUAGAUGACAUUUUCGGAUCAACUAAUUUUGAUCCAGUGGAAUUUGAAAAGUGGAAAAAGAUGGAAAAGGUAAUGUUUUCUUCAGCAAAGAGAGGAAACAUAUGCAUUUUAAUUGGAAUAAGAUCACACAUUUUCGAGCAAGUGAAAAAGAAAGGUCUUUCAAUUCUGGAUAAAAAAUAUGAGAUUGAUUUUUCUUCAAAACUUAGCAUGAAAUUUGAGGAAAAGUUAAAACUAGUCGAAGCAUAUGAAACAUGUCAAAAAUAUUUUGCUAGAGAUUUGAUUGGAGGAAAAUUUGAGUUUUAUGUCAAACAGUUUGGAAAAAAUUUUGUUUAUAAGCUAAGUGAACAGGAGAAGAGGGAUAUAGCAAAUUCAAACCCGUACUAUGGAUUUCCUCAAACGUGUUCAAUGUUUUUUAUGAGAAAGGAAUUUUAUCAGAAGGGAAGAGAUUUCUUUGAAAAACCAAAUGAAACAUUACUUGAAGAGAUUGAGGAGAUGAGGAAGGGAGAUCUAGAGAAGAAAUUGGAGUACUGUGUUUUAUCAUAUGUAUUUAUAUACAGUUCAAUACACAUGCUAAAUUAUGAUAUGAAAGCCAUGCAAAGUAUUUGUCAAAAAGUGAGAUUAGACAAUAUCAGAGAAAUUGAUGUGGAAGAUGCUGUAGUGAGAUUAACAAAAUCAAAGCAAUCUCUAAAGAGGGUAGCUGAAAAUGAAAAUGUCUACACAUUUACACACCAGACACUGCUGGAAACGGUAAUGGUGUCCUUUGGACGACUAGCCCCAGAGAUCGUUAUAAAGGCCUGCAGCAGAAAAAAUUUAUAUGAACUUAUUCGAACGCAGAAUUGCAAGCAAAGCAUUGGUGAAGUUAUUUUGACUAUUCCAGGAAAGCUGUACACAAAUCUAGUGGAGAGAUUUCUAGACGACAUAAAAGACAUUAACCAUGAAGACUUUGCUGAUUCAUUGUUUUAUUUCAUUUUUCACCCAGUAUUAUAUGACCCAGACUUUGUGAAGGUUCUUCUACAUAUGCAUAAAACAGAAAAGUACCAUCAUAAAGCAUCUGUGGUCCUUGAAAAUACUUGGGAAAAUUUCAUUUCAUCAAUGUUACCGGGAAUGUAUAACCCUGUGCUGCUUAUGGAGAUGCUGGAGGAAUAUGGUCCACAUUGUGAAUACUCAAAACUGGAAUCCUACAAAGGUUUCUGUUUGUCAAGAAAAGAUAUUCUCGAAUGUAUCGAAACUUCUGCUAGAAGUUGUAUUUCUCAGUGUGUUUCUGUUUUGGUGCCGUAUAUUUGUAGCCAAAGUAGUCUUCAUGACAUUUUACAACAUCAAAUCAAAUGUCUUUUUCCUGACUUAAAGUGUACAGAAAAACCUGUUAGAUUGAAUGUCCUCCACCACUGUAUCCUAAAUGGAUGGGAUAAUGUUGUAGAAAGGAUUCUGAAAGUACGGGCUCCAGAGAAUUCGGAACAGAACUGGACUUGUGCUCAUUUUGCAGCAUUUGUAGGAAAAUUUUCAUUGUUAAAAAAAUUUGCUACAAAUUUAGGGGAAAAACAGAAAACUAACGAAGGUUAUUCUGUGUUACAAGCAGCUUUACUAGGAAUAAUGUACAGUGAUCAUAAUGAAAUGCAAAGAUUUUUUGCUCAAUUGAAUGUACGCUAUCGUGAUCCAGCUGUUAAAAGUGAUCCAAAAAAUGCUGAGGUUAACCCUGAUCCUAAAAGAAUUGAGUUUGCUACAGAUGAUGAAUAUGAGAAAGUACUUCUUUUUUUGUAUAAAUCAAGGAAAUCUCAGUUUCUGGAAGAAGCAGCUGAAAUUGUGGACAAAUUUGGAAACAAUAUCUUUCAUUAUCUUAUCUUACAUGACAAUUGCAAGGUUCUCAGUCUCAUGUUACAGCUUGGAAAAGCUUGUGUCCAUCAUCGCAGUAACACUGAUCUGCCAACACCGUUACAUGUGGCUGUUUAUCUUGGAAGAGCUAACUGUGUGAAGGCAUUGUGGGAGGCUGGGGUACGACCAGGUCCAUCAGAUAUGUCACUCACAGACACUCUUAGGUCAGGCAAAGAAGGAAAUGGCAGACGGAUAACAUUUAAUUCUUCUGGGAUUGUGAAUUCAGAAGGUUUUCGUUCAGUGUAUAUUCAAGUUCCACCUUUUUUUACAUGUGUACCUGGAAAGGAUUGUAAAAUGAAAGUAAUUGAGUUAGUGAUUGUUGACUUUGGCAGUAUUGAUGACUACAAUAAGACCGAAGAGAUUCUGAAAACACUAGAAAUAAACAAGUAA